GCAACUGCCUCCUCAACACCUGCCUCAUGUUCUGCGUCCAUCUUACGCUGCAGACAGCCUCGUCCUCGAGGCCGGGGACGUCGUCUGACUGGAGACUCCGUCAGCUCUAUAGCUCUCCGGGGGAGGCGAGGCUGCUGCCACGAGUCGUCCAAGGGCUCGGGGCCGUCGUGCUGUACGAUCGCCAGAUCUAAUCAGUGCUUCUUCAUGGACGUACCCUAUGGGGCUAUUAAAUGAACUUCGUCGCCUCGCGGCAGACGCGUUGCUGCUCGCCUAUAAAGAGGCAGUAUAGCCUGUGGCCCUGGCUUUCUUAUCACUACCCGCAACUGAGCGUCUCGUACUCUCAUGCCACCUAAGGGUAAGGGUGAUAGAGGAUUCCCCAAGCGCCUCGAGAAUGCCUUCAACGAGAACAAUUCACCGAUGUGGGGACAUACAGGAUGGAUUGGGCCUCAUCCCUCUGAGGAAAGCCCUCAUGGCCAAACCGGCACGCUCGGCUACUCUGGCCGAGAGCUGCAGUACAGGCCGGAUGGCGAGCGGUCCAGAGGCAGGCGUUCCAAUGGGCUCCAAGGCCUUUACAACCCGCCUUGGACGGCCGAAUCGCACCUUAAUGCAAAUCGGCAGGCCAUGCCCUCGUCCACUCACGGUGCCUCGACGCGCCUUCCGCCGUCGAACCUGGCGCCGGAAAGCAGGUGGUCUAGCUCACGGUAUGACGCAAGGUUAAACACGCAGCGAGCGUUCUUUCGUGUGUCCAGCGAGCGCGCUACUCUCCCUAGCUCCGAACAGCGCUCACGAAGGUGUUUUCUAGCAUAUCAGGGCCAGACGAGCGCCGACGGCGCUUGGACAAACGCCGGCUUUUCUUCUCCACCCUCUUCGCUGAACAACCCCCAGUCGGCUUCGCUGCGUAGCCAGGGCCUUUGGACGCCUCAACAUGUGGUGUCCCAAACUAUGCCGCCCGAUUCAUUCGAUCAGGAACUUCCUGAUCUUUUUUCCUCAAAUCCGCGUCCGCGUCAAGCGCCACAAGGUUUCUAUCAAGGCCCUAUUCCAUCUACGUCUACUCCUUCCACUACGGUUUCAUUCGACGAGCAACAGGAUAUCGUUGUGGGACACACUCUCAACACCGGCGACGCCUUUGCGGUCGUGCCAUCAUCAGCGUAUCAACAACUUACGCUACCCUUCCCAAAUACCAACUCUCCCUCGUACAGCUCUGAUAUGAGCACUGGCACCCAGACUCCAUUGACCUCCCCCGUGGGGAGCAUCGUGUCGCUCCCUACACCCUCACCCGCAUUGUAUGUGCCCAACACAAUGCCGCAAGCUGCGCAGUUAUCUCCCUACUCGGCCUAUCCUUCCGGUCAAAAUUUCUCCGGAAGCGAUGUUUCGCACGGCAUGGACAAUCGCUACCAUGAUUCUUCCAGCUUCGGACCUCAUUGACAUCGCAGGACUUGUUGGAUCUGUUUUUGUUCGGACGCUCG